UGCCUGGUGUCCGGCUGGGGCCUGGUGUCCGCCUACGGGUCUGAGACCACGGGGAGCCCGGAGUCACCAGUGAACCUCCCAGACACCUUGCACUGCGCCAACAUCAGCAUCAUCUCGGACUCGUCCUGUAGCAAGGACUACCCAGGGCACCUCAUGAGCACCAUGGUGUGUGCAGGGGUGGAAGGCGGAGGCACGGACUCCUGUGAGGGUGACUCCGGGGGCCCCCUGGUCUGUGGCGGCAUCCUGCAGGGCGUCGUCUCCUGGGGGGAUGUCCCCUGCGACACCACCACCAAGCCUGGGGUCUACACCAAAGUGUGCAGAUACUUGGACUGGAUCCGGGACACCAUGAGGAGGAACUGACUGUGUGUGGCCUCCCCA